AUGCUUGAAUUCGACUCCCCCGAGCAGGAGACGAGAUUUGAGGAGCUGUUGGAAGAACUGCGAUGCAUGGUAUGCCAAAACCAGACCCUUGCGGACUCAAACGCGCGUUUGGCACGAGACUUGCGAGAACGUACGUACAACAUGGUUCGUAGCGGCAAAUCCAAUAACGAAAUCAUCGAACAUAUGGUUGAGCGCUUUGGAGAUUUUGUUCUGUAUCGACCGCCCUUGAAGAAAACGACCGUACUAUUGUGGUUUGGUCCCGCCAUAUUCUUGAUUAUUGCAGUUUCUACAUUCUGGCUAUAUUCGCACCGUACAAGAAGAAGACCGAUUUCCGAUUUGAGUCCUGUCGAGCGCGAGAAAGCGCAACGCUUACUGGACGAGUGA